UGACCGAAAUCGACUAAUCAGGGCCAGGCUAGAUGAGGCUUUGUCUCCCCACCGCGCGCGGGGCCAGUUCUCCCGCCUCCCAGCAGCGGCGCACGCGCGCCCCGCCCUGCCAGACUUCUCUCCCGCGCCCUCCCCUAUUCUUUCUCCCUCUCAGAACCUUCCUGUCGGCGCGUUCAGACCUCGCUGCUCCAUCUUUUGGGGCACGUUCCAUUCUAUUAGCCUGCGACCAGCAGAAAGAAAAAAAAACAUUAAAAAAAAUCUGCCCCGUAAACACCUCGAGGCGAGCAAAAACAAUAAAUUUUAACUAUGAGGGAAAUCGUGCACAUCCAGGCCGGUCAGUGUGGCAACCAAAUCGGUGCUAAGUUCUGGGAGGUGAUCAGCGAUGAACAUGGCAUCGACCCCACCGGUACCUACCACGGGGACAGCGAUCUACAGCUAGACCGAAUCUCUGUGUACUACAAUGAAGCCACAGGUGGCAAAUACGUUCCUCGUGCUAUCCUGGUGGAUCUAGAACCAGGGACCAUGGACUCUGUUCGCUCAGGUCCUUUUGGCCAAAUCUUCAGACCAGACAACUUUGUUUUUGGUCAGUCUGGGGCAGGCAACAACUGGGCCAAGGGCCACUAUACAGAAGGGGCUGAGCUGGUUGAUUCAGUCCUGGAUGUGGUACGGAAGGAGGCAGAGAGCUGUGACUGCCUGCAGGGCUUCCAGCUGACCCACUCGCUGGGUGGGGGCACAGGUUCUGGAAUGGGCACACUCCUUAUCAGCAAGAUCCGAGAAGAGUAUCCUGACCGCAUCAUGAAUACCUUCAGUGUGGUGCCUUCACCCAAAGUGUCUGAUACCGUGGUUGAGCCCUAUAAUGCCACCCUUUCUGUCCAUCAGUUGGUAGAGAACACUGAUGAGACAUACUGCAUUGACAACGAGGCCCUUUACGAUAUCUGCUUCCGUACCCUAAAGCUGACCACGCCAACUUAUGGGGACCUGAACCACCUUGUCUCAGCCACCAUGAGUGGUGUCACCACCUGCCUCCGUUUCCCUGGCCAGCUCAACGCUGACCUCCGCAAGCUGGCAGUCAACAUGGUGCCCUUCCCACGUCUCCACUUCUUCAUGCCUGGCUUUGCCCCUCUCACCAGCCGUGGAAGCCAGCAGUAUCGGGCUCUCACUGUGCCAGAACUCACCCAGCAGGUCUUUGAUGCCAAGAACAUGAUGGCUGCCUGUGACCCCCGCCAUGGCCGAUACCUCACUGUGGCUGCUGUCUUCCGUGGACGGAUGUCCAUGAAGGAGGUAGAUGAGCAGAUGCUCAAUGUACAGAACAAGAAUAGCAGCUACUUCGUCGAAUGGAUCCCCAACAAUGUCAAGACAGCUGUCUGUGACAUCCCACCUCGUGGCCUCAAGAUGGCAGUCACCUUCAUUGGCAACAGCACAGCCAUCCAGGAGCUCUUCAAGCGCAUCUCAGAGCAGUUCACAGCCAUGUUCCGCCGGAAGGCCUUCCUCCACUGGUAUACAGGCGAGGGCAUGGACGAGAUGGAAUUCACCGAGGCUGAGAGCAACAUGAAUGACCUCGUCUCUGAGUAUCAGCAGUACCAGGAUGCCACCGCAGAAGAGGAGGAGGAUUUUGGUGAAGAGGCUGAAGAGGAGGCCUAAGUCACAGCCCCUAUCACCUCAAGCUUCUCAGUCCCCUUAACCUUCUUCCUCAACUACCCCUUUCCUCUCCCUCAGAAUUCGUGUUUGCUGCCUCUUAUCUUUUUUUUCUUGGGGGGGGGUCUAGAACAGUGCCUGGCACAUGUAGGCGCUUAAUAAAUACUUGUUUGUUGAA